CGAUGAGUAAAGAAGGUUCAUCUACGCUCUUCAUAUCAAAUCUCCCGUUUAGUCUCACGAAUGAGUCGCUUUUGACUGCCUUCUCUGAUGUCGGUCCAGUGAAAUCUGCGUUCGUCGUAGCAGAUCAUGAGACGAAGGAAUCAAAAGGUGUAGGAUAUGUCACAUAUGCCAUGCGUGAAGAUGCCGUAGCAGCGUCUACUGAGAUGAACGGCAAGUUGAUCACUGGAGAAGGUAACGAUAAGAGGAAAUGCAGGGUAGAAUGGGCUAGACAGAGAGCUACACUCAAAGAGCGUAAAGAGCAAGCAAAGGAUAACGAACUCUCAAACGUACUAGGCGAGAAAACGCAAAAACAACGAACAAGAAAAGUUUCGACAGCCAAAGAUCCAGACGCGAUUCGUACAGUCGUACUGAGUGGACUACCAACAGGAGUAACUCAGAAGGAAAUAUAUAAGAAAGUGCGCAAAAUUGGUAAUGUCGAGUCUGUAGACUUGAAGGAUGAUGAUAUUGCACACGUUAAGUUCGAAACCCCAAGCAUCGCCAACAAGGCACUUCCUAAACUCCAUGCUCACAUCUUCAAGGGCAAGACGAUAUCAGCUGUUUUAUUGAAACGCUUAGAAACAGCAGUUAGUGGUAAAGGUAAAGUCAGUCGAAGAUCACGUCUUAUUGUCCGUAAUUUGAAUUUCAACAUCACGAGGGAUGAUCUCAAGGCGACAUUUAUACCGUUUGGUGAUAUACACUCAAUAACUUUACCAACUAUCGAGGCGAAGGAUGGAAGUUUACAUAACAAAGGUUAUGGUUUCGUUUGGUACACUUUCUAUCACGAUGCUCAAAAAGCUAUCGAUGGUAUGAAUGGAAAGUCCGUCAAGAUAGCUACCUCAGAGGCAGACGUCGCAGCAGCGGGCGGUACGAAGAAACAAAGAAAGAAAAUUGCUAAGGAUAUUGAAUCACGCCCUGUAGCUGUUGAUUGGGCUUUAUCGAAAGAUCAAUGGGAAAAUGAACAAAAGGCCGAAGAAAAGGAUGAAAAGGCAGGCGAGAAGGACGAUGAGAAGAUGGAAGAUGCUUCCGAUAAAUCAGACGAAUCUGGCUCUGAAGACGAGGAGGAAGAAGAAGAAAAUGAGGACCAAAGUCCAGAGAAUUCUGAGAUCGACGACGACGAAAUAAUGGAAGAGUUAGAGAACGAAUCCGGUACAGAAGAGAGUGGAGAUGAGGAUGAUGAAGAGGAAGCAAAAGCACCUCCACUCGAAGAUGGUCUCACUCUCUUUGUUCGUAACAUUCCAUUCGAAGCUACCCAAGAAGAUCUUUAUGACGUUUUCAGAAAAUUCGGUAAACUGAGAUACGCAAGAGUAACGAUGGAUUAUGAAACUGAACGUUCAAGAGGUAACGGUUUCGUCGCAUUCUGGAACAUGAAAGAUGCCCAGGAGUGCUUGAAGACCGCUGAGAUAGUAAGAGCUACGACAGGUACAAACCAACAAGAUAGUAUGAAACAGAAUCCAUUCCAGACAUCAUCUAUUUUAACUGCUGAUCCAACAUCCAAGAGUGCCCAACGCUUGACACUUCAAGGACGUGUCCUUGACGUCAUUAAAGCUGUAUCUAGAGAUGAAGCGGUUGAAAAGAAAGAAGAAGGUGAUAAAAUCAAACACAAGAAAGAUAAACGUAAUGUUUACCUUAUUAGAGAGGGUGUAAUUUUCCCUAAUAGCCCAGCUGGUUCCACCUUAAGUGAAGCUGAUCAAGAGAGACGUAUGAAGUCAUUUAAUGCAAGACGCAAAUUACUCGAAAGCAAUCCAUCGUUGUAUAUCUCCAAGACAAGACUCUCAAUCCGUCAGAUACCAUUGUUCGUUACUGAUAGAGUACUUAAAAGAUUAGCUCUCCAUGCUGUUAAGGAAUUCGAAGUUGAAGUAUCACGUGGAGAGAGAGAAGCGCUCUCUCGAGAGGAACUCGAAGAUAUGACCGAAUCUGAAGGUGUCAAGGAUCCAAAGAAAGGAUAUAAAGGCAGACCAACUGCCGUUGUUCAAUCAAAAAUCGUCAGGCAAACUGACAGAGUGGACUCGGUAACUGGGCUGGGAAGGUCCAGAGGUUAUGGUUUCCUGGAGAUGAGCAACCACAAGAAUGCCCUGAGAGUUUUGAGAUACGCCAACAACAAUAAUGAAGUGACGAAUCUCAUGAAGAUCUGGUUGGUAGAAGAACUCGAGCAAGCUCAAAAGAGACACACUGAAGCGAUAGCAACCGCGAAAGGUGAGAAGAAGGAUGAAGAGCGCGCUAAACUGAAGAGUGUACAAGAACGCCUCGAGAAAGCCAAAGGAGAUCAAUUGAAGGAGUCCCGCGGUACAUUGAUGGUUGAAUUCUCUAUUGAGAAUGUUCAAGUCAUAAAGAGAAGAGCGGAGAAAGCUGAGGCCAUCCGCAAUAGAGCACUCAAGAGAAAAGCAGCUGAGGAGGAUGAAAGCGAGGAAGAAGAAGAAGAAGAAGAAAAGCCACAGAAGAAGUCCAAGAAGGAUGGCAAACCGGCCAAUAAGAAGGAAGACGAGAAUGAUACAGAGAAGUCCAAACUUGGAAAUGUCAUCGGACGUAAGAGAAAGGAACGCAAGAAAAGAAAGGGUGGCGCAUGAAUGUGAAAUAUAUAGAAA